AUGGAAUUGAAAAAGGGCAAGCUUGUCAGGUUUUACUCGGAUGGGAAAAAGCAUAAAGAACCUUCGGUGCUUGAAACCCCGUCUUCUAUAUACAAGCUUUCAUCAUCUACCUUGCUUAAAUCUAGUAACAAUGUCCUUCCAUUAGGUAAAAACAAAAUAGGAGGAUCUAAGGUAUUCCCUGAGGACCAUGAGCCCUGGAGAAAAAGAAUACUUGACCCGGGUAGCGAGAUUGUCUUGAAAUGGAAUCGGGUCUUUAUAGUUUCUUGCUUGGUGGCACUUUUUCUUGAUCCUCUCUACUUUUAUUUGCCUAGUGUUAUACAAAAUACAGGGUCUUCCUGUGUCAGGACUGAUCUAACGUUACGGAUUGUUGUCACUUUUCUUCGUACCAUUGCGGAUGCUUUUUAUCUCUUGCAUAUUAUGAUUAAGUUCAGGACAGCAUAUGUGGCACCCAGCUCACGGGUUUUUGGAAGGGGUGAACUUGUCAUGGACCCAACUAAAAUUGCUAGGCGAUACAUCAGAUCUGACUUCUUCAUUGAUUUUAUUGCCACACUGCCACUACCACAGAUGGUCAUCUGGUUUAUCAUACCAGCUACAAGGACCCCUCAGACGGAUCACAAGAAUAAUGCUCUUGCAUUGAUUGUCUUGCUCCAAUAUGUUCCAAGAUUAUAUUUGAUUUUUCCAUUAAGUUCUCAAAUAAUCAAAGCAACAGGAGUGGUUACAAAGACUGCUUGGGCAGGAGCUGCAUAUAAUCUGCUAUUGUACAUGUUGGCUAGCCAUGUUUUAGGGGCAUCCUGGUAUCUUCUGUCUGUUGACCGAUAUACUACUUGUUGGAAAUCUUUAUGCAAAAAGGAAGAUAACCCUAAUAAUUGCUUUCUCUACCUAGACUGCACUUCUUUGAACAAUGGUAUGCGCAAGAUAUGGGCAAAUAGUACAGAUGUGUUUAGUAGUUGUGACCCCAGCAAUGACAUUCAGUUCAAGUAUGGAUUAUUCCAAAAUGCAUUAACAAAGCACGUUGUCUCUUCAAACUUCAUAUCAAAAUACUUAUAUUGUUUAUGGUGGGGGUUGCAGCAAUUAAGUUCUUAUGGACAAAACCUAGACACAAGCACAUUUAUUGGAGAGACGUCAUUUGCUAUUGUGAUUGCCAUCUUAGGUCUUGUAUUAUUUGCACAUUUGAUUGGGAACAUGCAGACAUAUUUACAAUCAAUUACUAUAAGGCUGGAGGAGUGGAGGCUAAAACGAAGAGACACAGAGGAGUGGAUGGGACAUCGCCAACUCCCUGAAGAUUUGAGAUUUCGUGUUAGACGAUUUGUUCAAUAUAAAUGGCUUGCAACCCGUGGUGUUGAUGAAGAAACCAUUCUACGUUCGUUGCCAACCGAUCUUCGUCGUGACAUCCAACGCCACCUAUGCUUAGACCUAGUUAGACGAGUUCCCUUCUUCUCACAAAUGGAUGAUCAGCUUCUUGAUGCCAUAUGUGAGCGGCUGAGGCAGAUUAGAUAG